AAAGGAGUGAGGUCAACGUCGCGCAACGGCGAGACGAGAGGAUGGAGCAGCGGCCGGCGGUGGCCUCCGCGAGGACGCGCGGCCUUCUCGCCGGUGUCUGCCUCGUCUGGAUCAUCGGCGGUAUCUGCGCCACCGAACCACUUCAGGAGCCGCGCUUCACUAAUCAACCCUCCAGCAGUGGCAAUAUACUUAGUGAAAAUCGCACAAAGUUUUUGCAAUGCCAAGCAAGAGGCAAUCCUCAACCAAAGUACAAAUGGUUUAAAGACGGGAGGUCCCUCAGCAACGAGCUUACUUCGGGGCCUUACUUUCGUAUUAAUAGUACGCGACGGGAAGAUGCAGGAGUAUAUCAUUGUGUCGCAACGAAUGACGUAGGAUCCAUAUUCAGCGAUAGUCUCGUCUUUACCGUAGCCUAUAUGGGAAUGUUCGACGAUCUCACGGAGAAAGUGGUGACUGUCAAGUCGGGUAACGCUGCGAUUCUGGAACUACCCCCGAUCGAGAGCCAUCCCAUGCCUGACAUAACAUGGUUCUCCUCGAAUGGGAUUCCUCUAUACGGUAUAAAAUACGCCAAGAUCAAUCAUACGUUGAUCAUUUUAAAUGCUUCGGAAAACGAUGAAGGCUUCUACAGAGCGAAGGCUAUUAAUACUCAAUUGGGGACGGAAGAGAACAGUCCGUUUUUUAAAUUACAAGUCACCGGCGAUUCAAACGCGGAAGUAGCUCCUACCAUAAUUGUCAAGCCGCAGGAUACGCAAAUAAUCAAAGAUGAAGAUGUCACGUAUUUAAAUUGCAUUGCAAAUGCCAGAUCGCUUCACGAGCUGAGAACUUUAUGGAUGAAAGACGGCAUUCCAAUCGAGAAUUCUAGAAUAUCGUAUAGCUUUAACGAUUCAUGGAACAGAACGCUCUCAUUGAUCUCAGCCAAUAUAACUUACACAGGAACUUACUCCUGCCAUGUAGAUUUAAGAAGUGGUGGUUAUCCAACUGUAAAUGCAAGCGCAAAAAUCGUUGUAUAUGAAAAACCGACGUUUAUAACGGAAUUAAAAAGGGAGACCCUGAGCGAUUAUGGAUCUACAGUAACGUUACCGUGCGAUGCUAACGGCGUGCCACCUCCUACAAUCACUUGGUUCCGUAAUGCCGAGCCUGUUGAUCAUUUAUUGGGAACCAGAUAUGUAAAAGAGGAAGAUGGCUCGCUGACGAUUAAGAAAUUAACUAUGGAUGACUCAGGAAUGUUUCAGUGCCUUGCGUCUAACAAAGCCGGGGGAUCGUCCAGUUAUACUUGGCUGAAAGCGAAAAAAAAAGGAUUAGGGAGCAGAUUAAGAAACAGAAUCGCCCGCUGGGCGGCUGGCUACAAUGUAGUCAGAGUUCGCCAGUCUGAUCGCCGUUUUAUGUUCUCUCAAUAUCCAAACACUUCCGGACCGAUAAUGGAAAACGGACCACAAAAUUUAACAGUGUUAGAUGGCAAAGAUGCAACUUUGAGUUGCAACGCGGUUGCGGCGCCUAAGCCAAAUACCACUUGGUAUUAUAAUGAUACGAUCUUAGUGGAAAUUGCCGGAAGAGUACAAGUUUUAGACAAUGGUGAUCUCUUAAUUGCGGCGGUGAAGCCAAGCGAUACGGGAAAAUAUACAUGUAUUCGCGCGAACGAAGCUGGCUCUAUCAACGGAUCGGCAUAUUUGACUGUUAUGGUUCGGACACAAAUUAUUCAACCACCUGUUGAUACGUCCGUGCUUCUCGGACGAACUGCCGAAUUGCAGUGUAAAGUUUCAAACGAUCCCAGUGUCGUGUACGACAUGGCAUGGUUUCACAAUGGACAAGUAAUAAACACGCAAGCAAGUCAAAGGGUGAAGAUGCGUUCGGACGGCACCCUCGAAAUUGUCACUGUUCGAGCUUCCGACGUAGGCGAGUACAUGUGCUCUGUAGUAUCGCCAGGUGGCAACGAAACGCGAUCUGCUCGUUUAAGCGUAAUCGAAUUGCCAUUUCCACCGAUCAAUGUCAUGGCUACACGGGUUGAAAGAAUCUCGCCACGUACCAUUAACGUUACGUGGGUGCCUGGCUUCGACGGCAACAGUCCUACGAAAAAAUUUAUAGUUCAGAGACGAGAAGUAUCCGAUCUGGGUCCUAUACAUGAUCCGAUAUUAAAUUGGAUCACUGAACGCGACAAUGUGUCCGCGACCAGUCGAUGGGUAUUGUUGAACAAUUUGAAAGCCGCAGCGGCUUAUCAAUUUCGUGUUAGCGCCGAGAAUAGCGUCGGCGAAGGUCCAUCAUCAGCACCUAGCAAUAUCGUCAUUCUACCUCAAGAACCGCCUAGCGGUCCACCGAUUGGUUUCGUCGGUUCAGCACGUUCGUCUUCAGAAAUAAUUACGCAAUGGCAACCUCCAUUAGAAGAAUAUCGAAAUGGCCAUAUCUUAGGAUAUAUAUUGAGAUACGCACUCUUUGGAUAUAACGACAGUCCGUGGACGAUACAAAACAUCACCAAUGAAGCGCAAAGAAAUUAUCUUAUUACCGAUCUAAUUACCUGGAAAGACUAUGAAGUACAAAUAGCAGCUUAUAAUGAAAAGGGUGUGGGUAUAUAUUCAAAAGGCUUACAAAUCAAAACUAAAGAAGGAGUUCCGGAAGCACCUCCUACGAAUGUGAAAGCAGAAGCGCUUAAUUCAACGGCAGUGAAAGUUUGGUGGAAGCCACCAAAUCCGCAAAAAAUUAAUGGAAUAAAUCAAGGAUAUAAAUUGCAAGCUUGGAUCGGCAGCAAUUUCACAGAAGCAACUGAAUACAAAUCGAUGACGGUGCCACCUAGUUUAUUCGAUCCGCUUGCCGAGCAGAACGCUAUUAUGACAGGUUUAAGAAAAUACACUGUAUAUAAUAUCACGGUUCUCUGCUUCACUGAUCCAGGUGACGGUGAAAGAAGCUCGCCCGUUGAAAUUCGCACUCGCGAAGAUGUUCCAGAAGAAGUGGAAAAUCUACAAUUUGAAAAUAUUAGUGAUCGCGCGCUGACAGUUAAAUGGAGUGCUCCUAAAGAAACCAAUGGAAUAUUAACACAUUAUCAACUGAAAUAUAUGAUUAAAGAUAUUCCGGAAUCUUUGCGCGUUGAAAACUUUACAGCUGAUGUAUUAUCAACUAAAGUAGAGCAUCUUCAGGCAUUGACUCACUACAAAUUUGAAGUAACCGCUUGGACAUCGGUCGGACCUGGCAAAUCGAAAGUAGCAACUAUUCAAUCUGGUGUCGAGCCAGUGUUACCGGAACCACCUACGAAACUAGCAUUGUCUAAUAUAGAUGCGUUUUCUAUUGUGUUGCAAUUCACGCCAGGAUUUGACGGGAAUUCAUCCAUCAUAAAAUGGACAGUGCAGGCACAAACGGCGCGAAACUCGACAUGGUAUAAUAUUUACGAAGUGUCCGAUCCCGAUGCUAGUACGAUCACUGUCGAUGGUUUGACUCCUUUUAUGCAAUACAAGCUUCGUCUGAUUGCAAACAACGUUGUCGGUGCUUCGCAGCCGUCCGAACCGACUAAAGAGUUUCAAACGAUUCAGGCACCACCUUCUCAUCCUCCGAAAAACGUUACGGUCCGUGCGAUGAGUGCCACUGAAUUACGCGUUAGAUGGAUUCCAUUGCAGCAAAUAGAAUGGUACGGAAAUCCACGAGGAUACAAUGUCACUUACACGGAGGUGCGAUCAAACAUCUCGAACAGCAUAACUAUCGAAGAUCCCACUGCGAAUUCAUAUAUUCUGGAAAAUAUGGAAGAAUAUGCGGAUUACGAGAUAAUAAUGCAAGCGUUCAACGAUGUCGGUUCUUCGACAGCGAGUCCAAAAGCUAUUGAACGAACUCGUGAAUCAGUACCUUCUCUGGGACCGAUUAAUGUGGAAGCAAACGCAACAUCCUCCACGACUAUUCUAGUGCGAUGGGGCGAUGUACCCGUAGAACAUCAGAAUGGACAGAUUGAUGGUUUUAAAGUGUACUACGGCGCGAAUUCCAGGUCGAUCUUCCAAUACAAGAAUAUUCCUAGCAACACUACUUUCACGACCACGCUAACGGAGCUUCGCAAAUUUGUUCAAUAUCACGUGCAGGUUUUAGCCUACACGAGACUUGGUGACGGAGCAUUGAGCACUCCACCUGUGAGAGUACAGACCUUUGAAGACACUCCUGGUCCACCAUCUAAUGUAUCCUUUCCCGAUGUGAGUUUUACUACAGCACGCAUUAUCUGGGAUACACCAGAGGAUCCCAAUGGAGAGAUUCUAGCCUAUAAGGUCAUGUUUCAUUUAAAUAAUAGCCAGGAUCGUCAAUUUUCUAAGGAUUUUCCAGCAUCAGAUAGGACAUUCAGAGCCACCGGACUCGAGCCUGAAAUGUAUUACAUGUUUUCCGUGACAGCGCAAACAAGAUUGGGUUGGGGUAAGACAGCUUAUGCACUUGUAUUUACUACGAACAACAGAGAACGUCCGCAAGCACCAUCGGUACCACAAGUGAGCAAGUCGCAGAUCCAAAGUCGUCAAAUAACGUUUAGCUGGACACCGGGAAGAGACGGUUUUGCACCGUUAAGAUAUUACACAGUGCAACAGUCGGAGAAUUCCGGACCGUUUCAAAUUAUUCCCGAAAGAGUGGAACCCACUUUAACGUCUUAUACAGCUAACAAUUUAAAGCCUUACACACACUAUCAAUUUCGUAUUCAAGCUACAAAUGACAUAGGUCCUUCAGAGUGGAGCAAUGAAUCCGCUCAAGUACAAACUCUACCUGCAGCGCCAUCAAAGGGUGUUACCGGCCUGAAAGUUGUACCAAUAACAACAUCUAGCGUUGAAGUUCAUUGGAAUAUGAUUGACGAGGUAUACUGGAGUGGUGAUCAUGAGACAGGUGGUUAUCGUGUUGUUUAUCAGCCGGUAUCGGAUUUCCCAACACCUCUUCAAGCAACACCGAAAGAAGAAAUCUUAGGAAUUAAGGAAACUAAAAUGGUUUUAAGCGACUUGACAGAGGAUCGUUAUUACGAGAUUGUAGUACUACCAUUCAAUUCGGAAGGUGAAGGUCCGCCGAGCCCUCCGGUCACAGUUUAUGUAGGAGAAGCGGUUCCUACAGGAGAACCUCAACAUUUGAAAGCCGAGCCUAUUUCCUCGACUGAAGUCCAUUUGCGUUGGAAGCCUCCUCAAGCUAAUAUGCAAAAUGGCGAUUUACUAGGAUAUAAGAUUUUUUACUUAGUGACUGACUCCCCCCAGGAAUUAGAAAAAGAACAAGAAGAGGAGAUAGAGGUUGUUCCGGCAUCUUGUUUGGCACACAAUUUAGUCUUUCUUGACAAGUACACAGAAUAUCGCAUACAAAUUUUAGCGUUUAAUCCGGCUGGAGAUGGUCCACGAUCUCCACCAAUUACUGUAAGAACGAAACAGGAUGUACCAGGACCACCAUAUCAUUUGGAAUUCAAGGAUAUUACCAUGACCAGUUUGCGCGUUUCUUGGAAGCCACCGAAGUUACGCAAUGGCGAGAUAGUUGGUUACAUCGUUACAUAUGAGACGGCAGAGCAAAAUGACCGUUUCAGUAAACAAGUUAAGCAAAAAGUGACGGAAACGAGCCUCUUUAUCCAGCCACUGGAAGAAGAAGUGACGUAUACCUUCAUGGUUCGCGCGCAGACGAUCGACUUCGGACCACCGAUAUCCGGCAAUGUUACAACUGGUCCGCAGGAAGGUUCGCCGAUGGCACCCAGCAAUCUUGCCGUAACUAAAACGGUCUCCAGUGUGGAAUUACAAUGGACCAACGGGGCUUCCGGCAAAGGUCCUAUACUCGGUUAUUACAUCGAGACUCGUCGUAAAGACGAUUCACGCUGGCAGACAAUAAUUCGUACUAGUAAUGGACCACUAACGGAGUAUACUGUAUCUUAUCAAAAUUUACUGCCAUCCACAUCGUAUUUGUUCAGAGUAAUAUCAUAUAACCGUUAUGGGAUCAGUUAUCCAGCGAAUUCCACCGAAACGGUAAGAAAAUUCAAAGGAAAAUAUUUGGACAUUUAUAUAUUCAUUAUUAGUUAUCUAUUUGAAAACAAUUUAUCACGAAUUAGCAUAUUUGUAUUAACUAUGGAAUUGUUUUAUCAGAUUUUGACACCAUCGAAACUAUAUCUGGAAUAUGCAUAUCUGCAACACAGGCCAUUUUACAGACAGACCUGGUUCAUGGUUACUUUAGCUGCUACAUCAAUUAUAAUUAUUAUUAUGGUCAUAGCAGUAUUAUGUGUGAAGAGUAAAAGUUACAAAUAUAAGCGUAAGUUCAGUUUAAUAUACAUAUGUAUAUAAAAUGAUUUUAAAUUAUGAAAAAUUAUUGAAUGAAUGAAUGAAUGAUUUAUUGAUCCCAUUGGGGUUACAAGCUGUUAACAUUUCAUUAUUUACAAUAUUUACAUUAAUUACACCGCUUUUUCUUAUCCUAUCCGCUUUAUUCUACUUCUCUCUCCGUGUCUCACCUCGCCUAUCCUAUCUACCUAUCCAGCCUACUGCUCCUCUCUCUCCCUCUCUCUCCCGCAACCCUAUUUAUCCUACGGACUUCCGUCCCCGUUUACAAUUUUUACUUUCCUCUUUCACUCUCACGCACAUUCUCUCAUCCAUCCCUUCACCUCUG